AUGGUUGCAGAGACGCCCUCAGUGACAUCUGAGCAUUUGACGGAAACAGGGGAGAAGGACGCGCCUGUGACGCGUGUGGAAACGAGCCACGUCAAUGGUGUUGAUGAGUCGCUUAUUGUUUACCCUAGUGGCCUCAAGCUAACAGGCAUCUGCUUUGGUCUGGGAUGCUCCGUCUUUCUCGUCGCCCUUGACCAGACUAUCAUUGCAACGGCCAUUCCUCAAAUAACAAACCAAUUCAAGGCUCUGCAAGACAUUGGUUGGUAUAUAUCUGCAUACUUUCUGACCUCUGCCGCACUCACAGCAACAUGGGGACGCAUCUACCGCACUUUCAACAUCAAAUUCUUCUUCCUGACGGCAAUCGGUGUAUUUGAGCUUGGCUCCUUGAUCUGUGGGCUUGCACCAAACUCGAUUACCCUCAUUAUUGGUCGUGCCAUUGCCGGACUCGGCGUCUCUGGUAUCUUUAGUGGUGCACUCGUCAUUAUUGCUUACUCUGCGCCUCUCGAGAAGAGACCAGCUCUGAUGGGCAUGUUUGGAGCAGCCUUUGGCAUUUCGUCCAUCGUCGCGCCUCUGCUUGGUGGAGCCUUCACAGAAUCCUCUGUUACUUGGCGAAUGUGCUUUUACAUCAACCUGCCUAUUGGUGCCAUCACCGUCGUUACCGUCUUUUUCCUCGUCAAGAUCCCUACCACCAAGUCGACUUUGACUGUCCGUCAACGACUCCGAGAACUCGACUUGCCCGGUGCAGCUGUCCUCCUCCCAGCCAUCAUAUGUCUUGUCCUCGCAUUACAAUGGGGCGGCGUCAAGUAUUCUUGGUCGUCCGGUACCAUCAUCGGUCUCUUCGUCACUGCUGCUGUGCUCUUCGUCAUCUUUGGUGGCAUUCAAUGGAAGCAGGGAGAUGCCGCAACCCUGCCUCCGCGUGUCAUCAAGAUUCGCUCCAUUUGGGCAAGCUGUCUCUUUGCUGCCUUGUUUGGUGGUUCCUUCUUUUCAAUUGUUUACUACAUUCCACUCUACUUUCAAGCCAUCAAGGGUGCUUCUGCCGUUCAGUCUGGUAUUCGCAUUUUGCCCAUUAUGCUGGCUGUCGUUGUUUCCUCCAUCGUCAGUGGUGGUCUCAUCUCCAAGGUCGGCUACUACCUGCCUUUCCUCAUUGGUUCAGCUGCGCUUCAAGCUAUUGGUGUGGGUCUCAUUACCACUUGGCAAGUUGACUCGCCUUCCAAGAUCUGGAUUGCCUAUCAAGUCCUUGCAGGGCUCGGCUGUGGUGCUGCGUUCCAAAUUCCGCUUAUUGCAGUGCAGACGGUUUUGCCACUGGUCGACAUCCCGACUGGUUCUGCAUUGAUUUCAUUUAGUCAGACCUUGGGCGGAAGUGUCUUUGUCGCCGUUACACAAGCACUCUUCCAAGAAACACUCGCAAAGCAACUCGCAGAACGCGUGGAUAUUCCUGGGGUUCCUUCGCAAUUCAUCAUUUCUCAAGGUGCUACUGGCUUUAGAAAAAUUGUGGAUCCGCUGUACUGGCCAGAGAUCUUUGAAGGCUACAUGCAUGCGCUACGUGCAGCGUAUCGUGUUGCGCUUGUCUUGUCGUGUGUAGCCUUCAUGUUUGCUUGUCUCGUUGAGUGGCGGUCUGUGAAGAAAGACUCCAAAGAUAAGGAGCAGAAGGAAAUCGCGUUGGCUGUUUAG